AUGGGCAUGGCUGAGAAGAGGUCAGCGACGGAGAUGAAAGGGAGGAAGCCCGGGUUGAUCACCAAGACGCUGGACCGGUGCCGGAGCACGCCGGUGAGGCAGAAGCCGGCAGAGGGCUGCUUCUCGGUGUACGUCGGUGCCGGGAGGCAGCGGUUCGUGGUGCGCACUGAGUGCUUAAACCACCCGCUGUUCCGGACACUGCUGGAGGAGGCCGAGGAGGAGUUUGGGUACACGGCCGCAGGUCCACUCGAGCUGCCUUGCGACGCCGACGCGUUCGCUAGGGUGCUGGAGCAGAUCGAGGAGGAGAAGCAGAGGGCAGCAGGCCUUGGCAGGAGGAACUCCUAUGGUCUGCUUGGCACCAGCCAGCCUAUCACCGUGGGCCGAUCCUAA